GGAUAUGAAGUAUAUCAUGGAGAGUCUGCCGGACCGUGGACGUGCCAGUUGGCAUCUAGGAGCAAUUUGGGCCCUAAGUCAGUUCCAGGACGAAGAGCUGUUUUUAGGUGUGUAUCCAGAUAACUACUUCACUGACCAACCAGCCUUGGAAGCCACUAAGACUUUCCGCGAGAAAUUAGUUGAAGUGACCAACAUCAUCAAGAGCCGAAAUGAAAAACUGAAAUUGCCCUAUUGGUAUCUGUCUCCAGACAGAAUCCCCAACAGCGUGGCCAUCUGA